AAGUUCGUUUAGCUGGAGGAAGGUCAGUCAAUUCUGGUCGACUUGAAGUCAGGUACCAUGGUCAGUGGGGUACUGUCGGUUGUAAAGGAAGAGAAACGUCGAUUGCAGACUGCAGUCACGGUGGAUGGGAACUCAACGUCUGAUGUAGGUGUUCGUCUAGUGAAUGGUAAGACCCCUAACAAGGGACGUAUAGAAGUAAGAUACAAAGGUACUUGGGGUACCAUAUACAAUGACGGUAACUGGGACAUACACGAUGCUUACGUGGUGUGUCACAUGUUGAAUUACUCCAAGGCAGUUACAGCAACAACUGCUAGCGUCAAAGGAACUGGUCCUAUAUGGCUUAAAGGGCUUAGUUGCUCGAGAUCCCAAGAAUCUAUUGACCAGUGUCGUCAUGGUGGCUGGGGUAACACUGGUGGAUGUGAUCACAGACGUGAUGCUGGAGUGGUAUGUGGCAAUUUAACACCAGAGGAGAAAGCGAUCAAAGUUCGUCUGGUGGGAGAUCAAAACCAUACUGGCAAAGUAGAAAUACUGUAUCAAGGGACCUGGGGAGUAGUAUGUCAUUGGCUCUGGGAUAUACAAGAUGCUCACGUGGUCUGCAGAAUGCUUGGUUACAAAGCAGCUGAACACGCAAUUUGGUUCAUUGAAGGAGAGACACCAAGAAGAGUGCUCAUGUAUAAUGUGGAAUGCAGUGGUAGAGAAAAGUCGAUAGCAGAGUGUGCUCACUCAGGAUGGUGGAAUGUUAAUUCAUUUUGCUCGAACAAACGCCUCGCUGGUGUGGUUUGUCAGACAAAUGAAGAUCCUCCACCAGUUCAAGUUCGUUUAGCUGGAGGAAGGUCAGGGAAUUCUGGUCGACUUGAAGUCAGGUACCAUGGUCAGUGGGGUACUGUAUGUGAUGAUGGAUGGGACAUGAAAGAUGCUGAGGUGGUGUGUCGUAUGCUUGGUUACCCUGGAGUACAGGAAUACAUAACCACCAACUUUACGCCCGUCAAGGGUAUAGUAUGGCUGAUGAACGUCGGUUGUACAGGAAGAGAAACGUCGAUUACAGACUGUAGUCACAAUGGAUGUUGUUCAAGAUUUUACACCUGUCAAGGGUAUAAUUUGGCUGAGAUACGUCGGGUGUACAGGAGGAAACCGGAGAUCCCGGAGAAGAACCCUCAUGGCAAGGUAGAGAACAACACAUCAAACAAUCUCAACUCACAUGUGGUCAAGUCUGAGCCCCAGGGCUCGAACCCGGAACCAAGUGGUGAGAAGCGAGCAGUAAACCUCUACGCCACACAUGCCACCCAAUAUGAGGAAUGAGAGGGAAUAAAAAAAUAACGCUUUUAACACAUUUCGAGUCAAUUCAAUAAAAACACACACAUUCCAUUUUACCAUAAAUGCAAAAAACAUCAUUUUUGGCCAUUUUUGGGCAAAAAGCAUGGACUAUAGCCCAUGGUUUUGAUCGAUUUUGAGCCAUUUUCACACCUUUUCCAAAAAUAUGCAUUAUUUAUGAAUUAUGCAAAAUACGGGUAUUUUGGCGAUAUUCGGGAGAAUAGCAUGGACUAUAGCCCUUAGUUUUUUUCGAUUUUGGCCAUUUUCACACCUUUUCCUAAAAAUAUACAUUAUUAGUGAAGUAUGCAAAAUAGGGGAAUUUCAAGCAUUUUUGGGCAAAAAGGAUGGACUAUAGCCCAUGGUUUUGAUCGAUUUAAGGCCAUUUUCACACCUUUUCCAAAAACAUACAUUAUUAGUGAAGUAUGCAAAAUAGGGGAAUUUCAAGCAUUUUUGGGCAAAAAUGAUGGACUAUAGCCCAUGGUU